UGUUGCGCUCUGUCACUGCCGUCGGAUGCUGUUCAGUACUGAAGCAGAUCUCACUCGGAGUGCGUUGUUGUAUUGUUUUAUCGCGGGUGGCCUUGUACUCCCCUGGAUUCGUUUGCCUUCGUGCUAGGCUCGGACCGUUUACUGACAUCGGCUCCUUACCCGUCCUCAACCGUAGUUUGACUACGACCGCCCCUUCCUCUUCCGGGUCGGUUGCCACCCCUUCCGAGGGUUCUCCGGGCUCUCUGUGGACAAAUCAAACACAGAAACUAAAUCCCAUCAGACCAGACCAGACCGGACCGGACUGAUCUGUUCGUCGAGCCGUACUACUGCCGUUACUUGUUUGGUCAGACCACACCGUCGGGGCGCCAUCAUCGUCGUCGGAGAGUUUUGAUAAGUAAUUUACCCCGACGCUUCACACCGCCGGCUGCUGUAAUGAAUUAAAUUUGUUACUUACUCAUUCAAUUAAUAUAGUCUAAUUAAUGAGCGUGAGAAGUGUUUGCUACUUUUUUUUUCUGCUGAACCCUCCGGUUUCUUCGGCCAGCUGAAGUUUUCUCGGGUCUGAAGGUGAAUGUGAAUACCUGCAUCGAACGCACACACAUUGGCUUCUGCCGGAAGGAAAGUGGAAAAGCGUGAAAGUGAAUAUCUGGGUGUACGGGUGUGCAAAUUGGACGCGGGUCGUCGUCUCCGUGCAGUCGGUGAUCUUGAGACCGUUGUUUUUAAGUGUGAUGCAUAAUUAAACAGAGCUUACCGGAAAUGGAUAUGCGUAAUUGAAUGUGUUAAGCAAACGACUUUUUCCGACAGCUAGAGAUUCACGUAGGGGAUUGAGCAGCGUGACUGUUCGCUAGUGAACCACUGUUGACUGCUGGAGUGUUAUGUUGAAUGUUAAAAAAUCUGUGAAGAUGGAAAACCUUAAAUUUAUUGGAUGAUUAGUGUACGACAGUGGAAUCUGUCAUUCGCAGUGAAGAAACAGAAGAAAUUCCUACACUCCCUCGUAACUAAAACUUCAAGCUGUCGGCUCUGUCAAUAAGAAAUUUCUCAGCGAAUAUGCUGAACAAUCUGAGUGCUGCCGGAUUGGGAGGUCCAAAGGAGUGUGACUUGCCGAAGGCGAGUAUCACUUCGCUGCACGGUGGCAACAGUUUUGGGUCGGUUCCAAAUUCGGCUGGUUCGGAUAGCAAUGGCAAUCGGUUGCACGUGAACAGCAGCGGGUCUGCUGGUGGCGGCGGCGGAGGUCUUUGCGAACCCCACAAUAUCCACCAGGAUCAGAAUACCGACAAAAAUGGUAAACAGAAAAGGCAUCGGACUCGCUUUACCCCGGCCCAACUGAACGAGCUGGAAAGGUGCUUCUCCAAGACCCACUAUCCGGACAUCUUCAUGCGGGAAGAAAUUGCUAUGCGGAUCGGACUGACCGAGUCGCGUGUACAGGUUUGGUUCCAAAACAGGCGUGCCAAAUGGAAGAAGCGAAAGAAGACUACCAACGUGUUCCGGACACCCGGUUCACUGUUACCAUCGCACGGCCUGCCACCCUUCGGAGCAAACAUAACCAACAUUGCGAUGAGCGAAAGUUUAUGUGGGACAUCGAUGUUCGGCGGUGACCGCUGGGGCGUAAACCCAAUGACUGCUGGAUUCGGUCAACUGAACCAAACCACAUCCCUAUCAUCUUCGCUCAACGGUGGGCUAAAUUCGGGAAUCAAUAUCUCAUCCGCCAUGGGAGCCGGCGGCUAUCACAACUAUGGACUGAACGCUUUGGAUUUCCCAUUCCCAGGUGAUACCAUGAUGUACCAGCACUCGGUGGGUGGCGUUGGUUGCACCGGGAGUUCGCCUACUUCGACCCCGCCAAACAUUAACGCCUGUUCGUCGUCUACACCUCCGCUGACCAGUGCACAGCAACAGCAGCAACAACAGCAGCAGCAACAACAGCAACAGCAACAACAGCAGCAGCAAGGUGCUAGUCAAAACGAACCCAACGGAGAUAUGUCAAGUCAACCGGGCGGCAACCAGCACAGUAUCGGCAACUGUCAAGGGCUUGGUUCCGGCACACCGGAUGGAGACGACGACGUCUGGCGGGGACACAGCAUAGCCGCCCUGAGGAGACGCGCCACCGAGCUAAACCAGACGAUGCCCUCAUAUUUGCACGCGCACAACUACGAUCACCACAACUCGGUAUAUUGACUGGAGCUAUUCAAGUAAAUGUGGCCAGACGAAAAAAAAAGAGAAACAAGAGGAAAAACACGGUCCCAUUUGUAUUAUAUAUGUAGUACGAUUUACCUUCAAAUAUCAACAUUUAGCAGAGGGGAAGAUGCAAAUGAAAUUGCCGUUUCAGUAUUAUUGAUAACUCAAUUUUUUUAAGUUUUAAUCUUGCAGCAUUCGUUUAGAAUCUUACUGGAACCCAGUCUGGGUGAACAUUAAAGAUGAUUGAAAAUCGCAAAUAAAUCCAAGUAUUUGACCAGAAGAAUACAGUUAACCAGUGAUGAACUGCAGUGGAUGGUUCAUCUAAUGCAGAAAAAAACAAUGUAUACGAUCUGUCAAUAAAUGUAGGUUUAGAUUUUUUAAAUACGCCUGUGUUCAAUGCUGUCAACACAGACAUUUUGGACGAGUGAAACAGAGCUAUGCGAAAACAUGUAUACGAUUUGGUUGCGCUCUAAAUUUGAACAGAGAAAAUAAAAACAUUUGAUAAUAAGCAGUUUGUGGUUAUUAGUCAACUAUUCUACUCGUCGAAAAAAAACUAUUUAAAAAUAUUAAAUUUACAGAAAAUAAAAUUCUACUUCCAUACGACACAAAAUAAGAAGAAAAAAAAACAACACAAAACUCAAACAGAAAACAUUUUACGCUAAUAUACUUGCAGAAACAGUGUACAACAAGUAAUUGUGCAUGAAUGGUAGCGCCUACAGACAGCUACAAAAAUGUGACAAAUAGGAAGGGACAACAUUGUAAUGCGGUUUUUUUCGGAUAAGUUCUCAUUCGUUAACACACAUUGCUUAUGUUUGUAUAAAAAACAAAGAAAGUAGAAAUCUCCUUUCAGCUCAUUUUGUACAAAAGAAAAAGAAAAACUAAACAGAUAAAUAGUCGAUUACGUUUAGGUAAGCUAAAUAAUCGUAAAAGUACAGCAGAGGAGAACGUAAAUGAUUCAAUAAAUGGACUUAAUUGAACCCAGUGUAUACGAAAAGGAAACUAUAAGUAAGGCAAGAAACUAAGGAAAGAUGUAUGUUAGCAAAAUAUUUCAUUAUUGAUAUCAAAUAAAAUUGAUAAAAUGAUUUAA